GUAAGCAGGGCCAAUGAGGAAAAUUUAAGACGGAAAAAAAGUAAUAAUAAAAAUUUCUCAAUCUUUCUUUCAAUCAUUUGGUGUGAUAUCGAUGGCUUCCCGUGCGGGGCUUGUUUUUCUGUUCCUAUUGGCCGUAGCCUCUGCCAUGGCUAUGAUGGCUCAAUCCUCCAGCACCAAUGACUUGCUUUACGGUGCCUUCAUCCCUCAACAUAGUCAUGAGUCAAUGGACCUCGAUGUGGACGAACUGAUGAUGGAGUCUGAAACUUCUCGCCGUCAGUUAUAUUAUUCGAGGUACAUUAGCUACGCUGCCCUGAGGAAGAACAAUAUCCCAUGUAAUCGCCGUGGAAACUCGUACUACAACUGCAGGAAUCGCCAAAAAGCAAAUCCCUACCGCCGUGGCUGCACCAAGGCCACCAGAUGUGCUAGAGCUUAUUAAAAGAACAGGAACAAUUUAUGUGAAUGCGUGCAUGCAUGGAAUUAUUUGGAGUGUGCUUAACUUAUAAGGGUUUCAUAUAUAGAUUGUUCGAAUGUGAUUUAUAGGAAUGAAUAACCGUAGGAAUAAAGAACAAGAGUUGGCUGGUGCCAAAUCUUGUGGGUAAAUAUAUUUCCAUUUCAGUUUUCAUUAUAACAUUGGAUACUUGAAUUUCAUUUUA